AUGACAUAUAUGAAAGCAAUCGCAGUAUUACGUAGUAAUACUGCUAAUGGAAUCAUUUAUUUUCAACAGAAUGAUGAAAAUUCGCCGACAACAAUAUAUGGUGAAAUUAGUGGUUUAACACCUGGUUUGCAUGGUUUCCAUAUUCAUCAAUAUGGUGACGCAACAAAUGAUUGUAUAUCUGCCGGUUCACAUUUCAAUCCUUUCGGAAAUACUCACGGUGGUCCAACCGAUCAAAUGAGACAUAUCGGUGAUCUUGGAAACAUUAAUGCUGGAAAUGAUGGCAUUGCUCAUGUUAAUAUUAUCAGUAAUGAUAUAAAGUUAUCAGGCCCAAUUUCAAUAAUUGGACGUUCGCUUGUGGUGCAUGCCAAGGCAGAUGAUUUCGGUAAAGGAGUUGGUGAUGAAAGGGAAGAAAGUUUGAAAACUGGUAAUGCUGGUGGGCGUGUUGUGUGUGGUAUUGUUGGCGUUACUGCUCUAACUUAA